CUGCAUUAGAGGUGUGAUUAGUUGGUGUUUGAUAAUGUGGUGUAAGAAGUUGUUUCGUGUAGCAAAUGGAAAGGGUAUGUUGUGGAUUGUCUUCUUAAUUGUGUGUAUUUGGGUAUAUGUUCACCACUCCUCAUUUCUAUAUACUAAAACAUAUGGAAUAAGGCGUAAUUUGUCAUCAACACAAAUGGCUGUCGUAACAGGAUACAACCGUCGUCCAAGUGUAAAACUGAGAGAUGUUGACGUAAAGGUUAACAAGUUAAAUUUAUUUGUUGGCAAAAAAAUUGGAGAUGAUCUUUAUGUACCAUUUACAUUUUUACGAAAGUUUUAUGAAAUUGGUGGUGAUUUUGUUACAGUUAGGCCAGGUGUUUACGCUAAACCCCUGGAGUUUAGUUGGUCGCACACAAAUAGUAUUAUUAACCCAUAUGAAUUAAACUUUAAAUUGUAUACCACAUCAGGUGUGUACUUGUCUUUUGAUGAAACUGAUGUUGCUAUCAGAAGUCGUGUAAAGGCCAUAAGUGGAGAAUACGAAGUUCCAGUUACAACUCAAUGGGAUGUAAGAGGGUAUUAUUACCCAAUCCAAAUUGCUCAGUAUGGGCUAUCACAUUUAAGCAAGCUGUACAAGGACCAACAAGAAUAUGAGGAGAGAGUAAUUGACCUAACAUCAGAGGAAUCAAGAAAAAAAUUUGCUGUAAACGAAAAGGAGAAGCUUAUUGUUAAAAUUAAAAUGAAGAAACUCACACCCUUUAUUGUGCAAGUUUUUGCUGAUGAUGGCAAAAAAUAUACAUUGCGAUACAAUACAGAAAAAACAUUUGUGAAAAGAAAAACAAGAAUAAUCACCUAUGGUUUAGGAAUGCACCUAAGAAAAAAUACCAUUGUUCGAGAUUUAAAUGUAGAUUUAGUAAAGGGGCUAUCAUUCAUUGAAGGAAAAAAACAAGGAAAAACAGUUAACAUAAAAGUUGUUAAGCUUCUGACAAUAUUAUUUAAACACAUAAGUUACGUUGAAAAGUUAUCACUGGUUCAAAUAGAUCAUCUUGCAAAAUUUACAGCUGCUGCUGACUGGCUUGUUCACUUUCAAGAUGAUGUUGGUGGGUGGAGAAAUAAUGUAAGUAGGACAGUGAUCAAAGGUAUUUUGAACAUCAAACCAGGUUGGUACAGUGCCAUGGGACAAGGACAAGCUAUAUCUUUGUUAUGUAGAGUAUACUCUCAUACUAAAGAUAAAAAAUAUUUAAAUGCAGCUGUGAAAGCCACAAAAGUAUUCAAUAUUCCAUCAGAACAGAAUGGUGUGCUUGCCAUGCUAUUUGGAAAAUACCCAUGGUAUGAAGAGUACCCAACAACACCUUCACUCUUUGUUUUAAAUGGCUUUAUUUAUUCUUUACUUGGGCUAUAUGAUCUUUCCAAAACAAUCGAAGAUAAAGAAGCAGAAAGGUUAUUCCAACAAGGAUUUGAAUCCUUGGAAAAAGUAUUGCCUGUCUAUGAUAAUGGACAUGGAUCUUUUUAUGACUUAAGACAUUUUUCUGUUCCAGGCUUUUCACCUAAUAUUGCAAGGUGGCAAUAUCACCGAGUUCAUUUAGAAUUGCUAGAUGCUAUUGUUAGCAUUACAGGUAGUAAGUCUAUUAAUAGUACUCUACAUCGCUGGAUUAAUUAUGCUGCUGGUAUACUAGCUCGACAUAACUGACCAGUCCAGAAUCCUUGUUUCAACAAUGAUCAAGUUCUGACCAUAUUUGACAAUGAUAGCUUUAUAUAUCUUCUUGACUUGACUAACCUUUUUAUCCCAAAUCUUCCUUAAAAAUAAAAACUGACAGACCUGGUUAUGGUAUAAAAAAUAUUAGAUUUUAUCUUAGAUUAUUUAAAAUGUACAUAGCUUUUACUUGUUUGUAAGAAUUUUUUUUAAUAAUAAAAUGACCAGAAGAAAAGAAUAUGUGAUAUGAAAACACUUAAGUACCUUUUUUAAUUUUAAACUUUUUUAUGUGAAUUAUUUACAGCUUUUUCUGAUCAUUUGUCAUGAAAUGUUUGAAAGUUAAAAUAUAGCUUUAGGCUAUCUAUAUUGACACGUUCAAACAUAGAUGGCUUUGUUCUUAAAUUUCUUUUUUGUCUAUUUUUAAAAGAAAGAACACAUUGAGAAAAGUUAUCUACAACUUUAGAAGGUAUUUUAGAUCAUUAUUGUAGACUACUUUAACUUGUAAUAUGUUUAUGACUGGUUUAUCUAUAAAUUAUAUGUAUAUAUGAGAAAAAAUUAGUUAAGUGUGCUUUUUUAGUUUUUAAAGAGAAUUGUUUUAAAUCUCAGGAAUGUCAGUAAUUUUUAAGUUAUUACCAUUCGGUUAUUACGCUGAGAUAUAGGAGAUAUCAUUUCAACUACUUUUCUUUACCGAAUACUUUAUUGUUAGAAAUUUUUGUUGAAAGAAAAUUUUUGGUUUUGUGGUUUUCAAAAGUUUGCAAAAAUAAAUUUCCGCGAAAUUUUAAGGCAAAGCAAAAUAAAUUUGGUGAAAUUUUGAAAUUUUGAACUGCAAUAAUAAAUUUUUUGAUAUUCUUUUUAAAAAAUGUACUUAAAGUAUCACAAUGUUCUGCUCGCAAAAAUUUAUGAAAAUAAAGUACAAAAGAUUUUGCAAAAGUUGAUAAAAUGUGUUUAUUGUGGUGCAUGGAAGAGUGUUUAAAUUGAGAAUAUUAUUUUAAAUAGCGUUUGUUUAUAUUUCGGUGUUUUUAAAUUUAAAAUUGUGUAGGUACAAUAUUUACAAUAUAUUUGUCAUUAUUUAUUUGCUUACUGUUUAUGUAUAUUUGAAUUUUUUUUAUUUUAUGCUUUUUUGAGAAACAUUUAAAAAAAUUAUGUUUUUAAAUACAUUGGAUCACCAAUUUAGUACUUAUACUACCCUUAGGUGGGAUGCUUAAGAGAAGGGGCUGUUCACAAUAUCUUUGAUAGAAAUGCUUUAUUGGUGAUUCUAAGUUAGUCAUUUGAUAAUUGAAUUUUCAGGCAAUAUAAUUCCAUUUAAUCUUAAUGUUUUUAUAUUUUUAUAAUAAAAUAUCUAUAAUCUUUUUAUUUUGUGUAAUGUAAUACUCUCUUGCAUACUUAUCAAUAAAUGGUUUGAACAGUAGAAUAAAAAUAUGUUGUGAAGAA